AUGGCUGAUAUACCUCAUGAAGUAUUUCUCGGAAAUAAUUCACAUUCACUUUUGGCCGUUAUAACCACAACUGAAAUGACAACCAGAUCUUGUUCUUUGGAUCGUAUAAAAAAAAUUUUGUCUUCUUUUAAUUUUCCAAACUUUUUACAUCAAGUUUUAGUUUCUUCAAUAAAUUCAUUAGAUAGUAUAACCGAUUCUGAUGAUGUAGAUGAGAUAAUAAAUGAAGAACCAGAAAAUAUGGUAACAUUUUAUCGACAAGAUCGUUCUACACUAUUUCCACGAGUUGGUAGAUCAGAUACAAGGAGAAUGAAUAAAUUGAGACGAAUUCUAAUGAACAAUCCAGGUUUUACUAUCGGUUCACCGAAACGAGCUGUUCGUAUUGUGCGCUAUGGAAAAUAAUAAAUUGAUCUUUGAU